GAGGAGGUGAUGGACCGCGGCGAGCCCCGCCACGAAAACUUCCAGAGCCCCGCAGCUUAGCCCCGCACGGAGGAGACGCAGCGCCCGCGGACCGAGCAGCAGCCCCGGCAUGGCGCCUCCGUCGAGGAGCCGGUAACCUCGUUAACGGGAUUUCCUGUUGACACACAGAGCUACCUCCAGCAUCGCAGAGAGAGAGAGAGAGAGAGAGAGAGAGAGAGAGAGAGAGGGGAGGAGGAGGAGAAGGUGUCGUGUGUGGAAACUGCAUUGCCAAAACUGUCACUGUUGAAUGUCACCGAGACGCGCCGGUGCCGCGCAUCAAGGGAUUAUGGAUCAUUUCGCAGCCGAGUGCCUUGUGUCCAUGUCCAGCCGGGCCAUAGUUCACCCCAAAGCGGAGCCGCCUUGCGCUCCGCGGGGCGGGGAGGACAGAGACCCGCUGGUCAAGGACAACUCCUCUCUGUUCGUGGUCGCCAGGAUUCUAGCGGAUUUUAACCAGCAGCCGCCCACCGGCCCCGCCGAGCCGGAGCCGGAGCCGGAGCCGGCCGGAGGAGCGGAGCAGCGCGCAGAGGACGGGCGCGCCGGCACACCUUCCGCCGAGCCGGAGCCCGGCAGGACGCAGAGGGGGAAGCGGGUCAGAGGGCGGCCGGAGCCGGAGUCCCCCCAGAAAAAGCACAGAUGCCAUUACUCAGGCUGCGAGAAGGUGUACGGGAAGUCGUCCCACCUGAAGGCGCACCUCAGGACGCACACAGGAGAGCGCCCGUUCCCGUGCACGUGGCCCGACUGCAACAAGAAGUUCGCCCGCUCCGACGAGCUGGCGCGUCACUACCGGACACACACCGGCGAGAAGAAGUUCAGCUGCCCAUUGUGCGACAAGCGCUUCAUGCGCAGCGACCACCUGAUGAAGCACGCCCGCCGCCACUCCGACUUCCAGCCGUCCAUGCUGAAGCGGCCGUACGGUGGCGGCGGCACCACCGUCGUGGCCGGCGGCGGCGGCGGCACCCGCUCCGGCUCGCUCAGCGACUACAGCCGCUCGGACGCCUCCAGCCCGACGCUCAGCCCCGCCAACUCGCCUUAAAGUGGAAAACAAACCAACCCUCCUGCAGCACUUCAGCGUACGGUGGCCCUGGAUGUUGAUCUCGGGGUCGCUUUGUUUUGUAAUCCCGCCGCUCCCUGGCGGAUCAGGUAGGAAAACCCGGCAGGACGGCUGGAACGUGGCGGCGGAGCGUCCAGCCUCCGUCUGUCCGCCUGGCUGGUACCGUCCUCACCCAACACACACCAACCACAACCGCAGGACCGAUUCACUUCCUGUGCGGGGAAAUCGACCGCAGCAGCUCCUCGUCCGGUCGGAUCCUCCGGGACGGACGCGUCUCUGAUUGGACGCUGAACGGGAACCUGCUCAUCGCUCUCGUCUUGCACAGAUCCUCCUGAAGCUUUUGCCAAUUCCGCGCUUGCCGUACUGUGUCGUACAUUCCUGCUUACCGUCGUGCAAUCUCUCAGAGACACAGACUUUUUUGCCUUUUAUCAGUGAGAAAAACUAAACUAUACAUGUCUUCUUUUCUCUUUUGUAAUCCUGGUAUUGCUGUUGUUACAUUUCUUUUUUUUUUUUCCUGAAGUUAAUAGGAACCGUGACGAGGUUGAAACAGGAAUCAGAACAGGAAUGUGAUGCCAGUAAAAUCUGAAACUCAUAGGGGAGAUCAACAUUAACGCCUCAGGAUGAAAUCAUUGUACUAUCCACUUAACUUGACCGCACAGAAAACCUAGACUUCACUUUACCAUGAGCUCCAGUCAGGCUGGAGCUCCUGCCCGGCUCAGGGAAGCAGCAGAGGCUUGAAAGAAUGGAACAAAAUGAUGUCUCACACACACACACACACACACACACACUCACACACACACACACACACACACAGAGAGAGAAAUUGCACUUCUUUAAAAACAGUCAGUGAUGUUUCAUUUCCACAUGCAGGCAGAUAAGUGAGCGAAUGAUUUUGGGAAACCGUCCCAGUCCAGUUAGAAUAUCAUUUUUUUCCCCCUCACACAGCUGGCGGUCCUGCAGAACAGCUCAGAGUCCCGUUUCAGGAUCGUUUUCUAAAAACUCCUCGCCGAAGAGACGGGAUAAUCGCCGUCUUGAAAACCCCUCCGCUGGUUUUAUGUUUCUUCUGAUGUUUUUUAAAAAGGACUCUGCCAGCUCAAACCGUACGACUGCAGACUGAGCAGCCAUGUCCUUGGCUCUGACUUAUCUGACGUCCUGAACCACAGUCUCACUCACACACACACACACU